GAAACACCAUCCUUGGAAGAAAAGUGUUUAAAGCCAAGUCGAGUCAAGAAUCGGUCACCAAGUGUUGUCAGAAAGAACAGGGUGAAGUGGACGGUCGUCCUGUUGUUGUGGUCGACACUCCUGGUCUGUUUGACUCGACUUUGUCACGUGAAGAAGUUCAUGAGGAGACGGUGAAAUUUAUGACCUGCCUGGCUCCAGGACCACACGUCUUCCUGUUGGUGUUACAGGUUGGUCGACUUACACCAGAGGAGAAGGAGACUCUGAAACUCAUCCAGGAAGGAUUUGGGAAGAAUUCAGAAAAGUUCACCAUCAUUCUUUUUACAAGAGGAGAUUCAUUAAAACAAGACAACCUGUCCAUUGAAGAAUACAUUAGAGAUGAAUGCAAUGACUCCUUUAAGAAGCUGAUCUCUGAGUGCGGAGAAAGAUACCAUGUCUUCAAUAACUAUGAUGAAGAAAAUCGGACACAAGUCAGUGAGCUGAUAACAAAGAUUGACACCAUGGUGAAGGACAAUGGGGGAUCUUUUUAUACCAAUGAGAUGCUGCAAGAGGCUGAAGCAGCGAUUAAAAAAGAAGUGCAGAGGAUCUUAAAAGAGAAGGAAGAAGAGAUGAAGAGACAGAUUGAGGACCUGGAAAGAAAACAUGAGGAAGAAAAACAAGCCAUGAAAUUAAAAAUGAAAGAACAGAGUGCUAAAAUAAACCUGGAGAUUCAACAGAAAAACAAAAAACUCGAGGAAAUGGAGGAAAAACUGGAGAAUGAGCAAAGCGAGAAGAAGAAAGCACAAGAAAAAAGAGAAAAAGAAGAAACCAAAUGGAAACUGGAGAAAAGUGAAUGGGAGGAAAAACUUUCUGCAUUAGAGAAAUCAAAGUCUGAAUCAGAACAGGAGCUACAGCAGCGUAGAGAGGCGAUGAUAAUGGAACAUACGGUCCGGGAGAAGGAUCGGGUAGACUGGUUGGAAAAACUAAUACAGGAAGAACAAAAGAGAAAACAAAAUGAGCAAAGACUUAGAGAUGAAUAUGAGAAUGUAAAAAAAGAGUGUGAAAUGAAAAGAAAAGAGGAUGAAACUAGAAAAGAAAAUGAGGCAAAAGAACGUAAGGAAUUAAAAGACAGCUAUAAGAAAAAGCUGGACAAUCUGAAGAUGAAGUAUGAGGAAGAAGCCAGAAAGCAAGCAGAGGAGUUCAACGAAUUCAAAGAGAAAUACACCAAAGACUUUGCAGCUCAGAAGGAAGAGCAUGAGAAACAAAUGAAAGACAAAGAUGAGAAGUAUGACCUGUUAAAGGCCCUAAAAGCCCACUAUGAAAAAGAAAGCAGAGAAAAACAUUGUGCGCAAAUCAACGACUUUGUUAAAUGUGUGACCAAAAACAGGGAAAAUGUCCCAAAAAUAAACGACUUGUUGACAAGACAACAGAACCAAAUAAAACUUGCAAACAAUCAGGAAGAAAAAGAAAACCUGCAGAAAAUUCAUGACACCGAAAUAAGUAACAUGAUAGAGAAACUUCUGAAUGAAGUUGAGACAAAAUCUUCUUGCAGCAUAUUGUGAGAUGAACCUAAAGCAUUACAGAAGACAGACACGCAGGACCAAUAGAAUAUAUAUGCAAGGAGUAUUUGAAUGACAUUGAUAAAUAGAAAUGAAUAGUGGUUGUUUGAGACAGCAUCAAAAUGACAAAUUUACAGGGAAAAAGUGGUCCUAAUACACUGUGCUGAGGUCAAAACUGAUUGAUUACUUUAAUAAUCUUGUGGAUUGUGUCCCGCUGUACGACAAAUUUCAUAUUAAUAGCUUAAAGAUAUAGGCAUUUUAUUUUCUGUUUAAAACAUCCACAACAAAAGAAACAAAUAUAAAAACAUUUUCAUCCAGAUCAAUGGGUUGUUUUCUUUUGAAUGGGUCUGGUUCAUGAUACCGUCUCUUUAAAGCCCGGAUGCUUAAUUUGCUGAUCACAAGUAUUUCUUUGUUGCUAAAUCCAAUUUAGAAGUAUAAUUUAAUUAGGUCAUCUCAUUUUGGCGUAGUGCACAGUAAACCUCAUGUGCUGAGUGAUGAAUAUCCUUGACCAAAAAUUGCAUUUUCCAACUUAUUCCUGGCAAAUUCGCCCUUUUUCCUUACAGAUUCUCCCAUAUUUUCUUCUACAUUUGUCACUUUAAUGUUCGAAAUUUGAAGUUAUUUCUCAGAAUAUUAUAUUAUAUUGGUCCUGUGGUUGCCACACCUCCUUCUCGUCCACGCCUAGCAUGGCUGGCUUUUCCACAGUCAUCUCCUGAACAUCACCGGCCAUGUUCCAGGCCGCUGGCUAGACGUCAUCAUCGUCGUGGCCGGCUUCCGGACCAGC